AUGAUGGAAUCCGCAAUUCAACGUCCCAAAUCCGUCUCCACCGUCUUCCUCGACCAACCCCCGAGCUGUCUUCAGUUCUGCCCCGCGGCGCCGGACUAUGUCGUGAUAGGCACGUAUCUGCUCUCGGAGACGAGAGAUAGUGAAGACGAAGGGGACGUACAGCAGACUAAGACUGGGAGUCUGCAGUUGUGGAAAAUUGACCCUAUUGCCAAUACGCUAUCAUGCGUCCAACGAUUGCCUCUGCCCUACGCCGUUUUCGAUUUACAUUUCCAUCCUAGAGAUCCCACGUUGCUGGCCAUUGCCGGGAGCUCCGGAUGCGUGGCAUUAUUCAAGGUGUCGCUGGCUUCGUCCGUAGAUGAAGCGAUUACCCCGAUAUGGACCAUUUCCGUUCACGAAGACCCGUCGAUCCCCGCAUUAUUCCUGGCAUGGACACCCGAACACUGGCUUACGCAGGAGAAAGCGGACGGGUUUGCUGUGACAUUCUCAGACGGCCGGACAACUGUAUUCGGGACCAGCGGCGAUAUCACGGAAUCGGAUAAGGUAGUCGACUUGGGCACGUUCAGCGCGAGACAAAUGAUUGAAGUGUGGUUCGUUGCGCUGGCUACCUUUCACGAUGGCGAGGAACAAGAGACGGAUAGCCCCACGCCUAGAGUACCUUUCUUAUUCACAGGGGAUGAUUUUGGCUCUUUACAUACGCGUCGCUUUGACGUGGAGAAUUCGAGUGAUGGGGACGAUGAUGGACGGGGCAUGCCCCCUGCGUUGUUAGACUACGAUGACCGGGCUCGUCAUCAUACCUCUGGAGUGACCGCUAUUCUCCCUCUCCCCCUUCCUAUGGUUGAAGAUUCCCCCCUCCUCCUUACGGGGUCCUACGAUGAACAUCUGAGAAUGUACCACGCGACCCGAAGGGGGAAUGUUCUUGCAGAACUGUCCCUGGGUGGUGGUGUAUGGCGCUUACAACCACUUGGCGUGGAAAAUAUGACCUUCCUCUCAGGAACUGGGCCGCAAGAAUGGCGAUUCCUGGUUCUCGCCAGCUGUAUGCAUGGCGGGGCGAGAGUGGUGAGGAUUACGGGUGACGGGGAACAUCAGUGGAAUAUUGAGGUUCUGGCUGAGUUUACGGAACAUGAGAGCAUGAAUUAUGCGUCUGAUGUAUGGAAGGGUGGACAGGGCAUCGGAGGGAAAAAGUCUGAAUUGCUCUGCCUCUCUUCCAGCUUUUAUGACCGCCGCGUGUGUUUAUGGAGGAUGAACGUAUAA